CCUCAAAGAGCGAAUACCCAUCAUCUGCAAGAACAGCACGCCCCCUACCAAAUAUCGAUCGUCCUCCAACCCUCGCACGCCACCAACAGCUCAUCUUUGCAUGGCGGAUUUGACAGACAUCUGUGCACAAAUGCGGCUCUGAUAACGCAUGCCAAAGCCGAGGACAGCGUCAGGUCGAGCUGCAUCAAUCAAGUGAAAGAGUAGCAAGUGUAGUGGCAACAGAGGCGGAAGUCUACGUAUUGACGGACGUAAAUCCAUUCUAGUUGCAACCUCUGCAUGACGCCUGUGUGACAACCUGCGAUCAAAGCGGUGACGCUUGGGUGAGGCGAUGAGUUCCACUGCGAGCCCAACACUGCAGGAAAGGAAGGGUGCGAACGUACCUCCGGCGCGAGCGAUACAGUCUGUCCCUACCACCUUCUUCUUGAGAACGGAGAGGGAGAUAGAACAGAAAUCACAGAGAGGACGAAGGACGUCACGGAGCUCUAGUGAACAAGCGGUCGACGCGAGCACGAUGGCGGAAGAUAGCACUUUUGGAGUUGAGAGCCUGGAAAAGACGAUUGCCUCUAUUUUUGCUUCGGAUGCGACUCUGUCGAGGACAUCCAGCAAUAGCAGCAGCCACGCCGUAGAUGCCCAGCUGGACACAGGCAAAAGACGCAAGAAUGGAAGGCGCGUACACCCAAGCAUAAUUGCAACUGGGCAUCGAAUUCUCUCGUCAGAUCGGGGUUCGUCGCUCGCAUCACCGCUUCAAGCUGGCUCGCCACCGCGAGACCAAUCCGCACGGAGAACAUCAGGCACUUCGCUUGCCAGCAUGAGCCAGCCUUUGACGCCGCUUAGGCUCAGCCCUCGACCGGAAUCUACCUUACCGAGCGAGACUCGUUCCGGCUCGCCAAAAUCUUUGCGACUUAGCGACGAGGAAAGCAGCAUAGCAGAUGAAGGUCAUAGUCAAGCUGUUCUUUCCUCUAGUGGUGACGACGAAGAGUACAAUCUGCGCGUGCAAAACAUGCCCCAGUUGGUUAUGCCUAGCCUCGCUAUGCCCAUAAGAAGGCCGUUCACGGAACUCGGUCGCAGGAUGGGUAGGGCGAGGAUACUCGUUGUAGGCCCCAAGCAAGUGGGCAAGUCUUCCUUCAUCCAGAGUCUCUUUCGAACAUGCGAACACAUCGUACACAUCGACCAGCUCUCACCGAGCAUACCCAGUCAAUCGUCAUUCGCUUCCGAAAUCUCCCAUUAUGUUCCAACCACAGCAUACAUGGAGAUCCAAGCUUCAACAAGGCCAUACCCGACAUGGUGGACAGAUGUUGAGACCAGGCGCUUGCUGCUCCGAAGAGGCAGUGUCGGCGAUGGUGUCCUUGACCGAAAUUUGACGUUCAUAGACACGCCUGGUAUCGAAGAUGACUCGCAAGUACAAUCGAUACGCAACCAGGUCACAGCCUCACUCGGUCGAACAUUACGAAUGGAGUGCAUGAGUGAUGUCGAACUUGUGAACCUACUUAGCGGUGAUGGAGGUGCGCAAAUUGACGCGGCUAUAUAUGUCUUUGCUCCCAACUUGGCUCAAGAGUCCAGCUCAUCGCCUUCGGGAUUGACUGCUGCACACCAGGAACUUUUGCAAUUCCUUUCGAGAACUACAAAUCUCAUACCGGUGAUCGGCCGGGCGGAUGCAGUAUCGCCAGACGCGCUACAUGCUCGAAAGAACCAGCUCCGCGAUGAGCUCGAGAAGAUGAACAUUGAGACAUACUCCCUGAAGGAUCUUAAGGGCAACAAUAUUGUGGGACCUUUCACGAUUUCAUCAGCUUCGGAGGAUGACGCAGACGAGGUUGAUGCCAGCGUUCUAAUGUCCUCGCAGUAUAUGAAACCCCUUGCCCCAAGCGAUCUUGCACAAUUCGCAGACAUGUUGUUCUCGCCGGAGAAUAUGGCCAGAAUGCGACACGUAUCAGCAACAAAGUUCUUGCUCUGGAGACAGCGAAAUCUUGGUCAGCACGUUGGCAUGGAGAAUCAGGUUGCUUUGCAGUCUUCAUCCAUUGGCCACCAUAGUCGAGCUGCAAGUACUGGUAGCCUGCUGGAGGAAACAAGUAAGGCGCUUGUGCCACACUCGACUUCCAGCUGCUACUGCUCGGCUUCCCCAGCACUCUCGGAAAUGUCGGCGCUGUCUGACCAUGUGCACGACACUUCUUCUCUCGCUCUGGCCAAGUACAACGAGCAAGCGAAGACUACUGUGCCUUUCCGCCAAAUUCGCCUAGCGAAAUGGGCUCAGGAUCUUCAACGCAGCCUCGAUAACGAACGUCGGAAGUACCAUGACUUUUACUCUACUCAGCAGGCAGAUUGGGCGUCUGGUGAUCAAGAAAAGAACCAACAGGCGCUAGUAGCAUUGAACAGUCCAGGGCAAGGUCGUCUUGGCGGCGACCUUGGAAUCAUCGAUCCUCGAGACCCGCUUGGCGUUCUAGCUUUUGGUCAGGCGUGUAGCCGUCAAGGCUUUGUGGUUCUCCAAGUUGCAGCCAGCUGCGGAUUGCUCGGUGCUUUGUUGUACUGGGCUGCAAAGAACUGGCACGACAUCCAACACUUCCUCGGACUGAGCAUGUCACCGCAGACCGUAAUAUCUGCCACAGCAGUACCACCCCCGUGUUCAACAGAUCCACAACCAAUUCUGAGUGGCUGGUUCAAAGAUUCGAAGAUUCGAGGCUUCUUUGAUUGGAGCAGCUGGCAUCAGCACUGAGAUGUGAGCCUAACACAUUUUCAUCCGUUCGCGAACCAUUGAUGCAUUAUUGAGAUACCACGACGCAUGUACGCAGUAGCAAAGAUCUUGCCUAAUUUGCAAUUCAUUG